GGCCAUCCCGCUCGCCAUGUGUUGAUAGUCAAUGUAUCGCUCGACGGCUGAACAAAGAAACUCUUUGUGCUUGUCUAAUAUUCUCGUAAAUAAUCAAGUAUCGACCAUAUCGCUCGAUCGGGAAAGCGCCUACUCGGUACAGCUUUAUAUUUCAAGGACCCCCAAAGUGUUCCCCCUUGAUUGAGCAGCAAUGAUAUAUUGUUAAGUCCGGCCACCAUGCCUGACGACAAAGGCCCACAGAUCACUGCCGUGUCCUGGAGCUUUGGAAGCGUGGCGAUCAUAGUCGUCGCCAUUAGACUGUACACCCGGCUAAUACUGACUCGCAAAGCAGGCUGGGACGACUUCUUUAUUGUUCUUUCCCUGUUGAGCGCUGUUGUAUGUUCAGGGUUAGCGCAAACUGGCGUGCAUUAUGGGCUGGGGAAACACAUGGCCGACAUUUCCAAUGGGGAAUGGAAAAUCGAGGCCUUCAAAUAUACUGUCAUCGCACCCAACUUCUCCAUGGUCUCCACCACAACAGGCAAGCUAUCGGUGGCCGUCUUCCUGCUGCGCUUAAUGGGCCAGACAGCGUCCUCGGCAAAACGAUGGUUCCUAUAUAUCUUCAGUGUAAUAUCCAUUGCCUGGAAUGUGCUGGCCAUCAUUGCCAUUAUGGGGUACUGCCGGCCUGCGGAGAAGAUCUGGCGGCCAGAGGUUCCCGGCUCCUGCUUUAGCUUGAAGUUUCAGCUGAUUGCUGGGAUAUCGCAAGCCUCAUUCAACGCUUUCGCCGACCUUACCUUGGCCUUAUUUCCAGUCAUCAUUUUCUGGUCCGUCCAGCUGUCCUGGAAAAUGAAGCUAGGGGUUAUAGCUGUCAUGGGCGCAGGAAUCCUGGCGGCGGCAGCAACCUUGGUCAAAGCUAUUCUUCUAAAAAGCCUUCCGGUCCAUUCAGACAUGACCUGGUCAUGGGCCGAUAUUACAACAUGGUAUUCAAUUGAGGUAAGCAGGAACCUUCCUCUCAGCACAGCCAAGCUAUCUAUAUACUUUUAUCAUGCGCUAAGUGGCGCCCAUGCAAUCCAUCAACAGAUGUACGUUAUCAUAAUAUGCGCCACUCUCCCCACGCUACGGCAAUCAUACAACUUUGCCUUGCAUCGAACACGCUACGCAGGUUCAUACUACAAACGCUCCCACUCCGAAGCAGCAGCAGCAGCAGCAGCAGCAAGACAAAGACCGAUUCCUCUCGCUCGUCGUCAACCCGACCAGUCACUUUUCGAUACAUUCGCUGACGAAACCGGUUUGGUGAAUGUAGCUUCCAACGAAGAUAGUCUUGUCUCCCCGGGAAGAUGUUCGGACCAUACAAUCAUCACAAAGACGACCGAGAUUGAGGUCCACGAGGAAAAUAAGUCCAAACGGGAUAUCGAGAAUCCUCAUUUCCCGCGUGCGAAUCCGUUUAGGAGCGGUCAUCAGUGACAUAGGACGGAGAGGUGAUCCGGCGAUGACGGUCUGUAUGUUAGCUAGGUCGAUCGAUCGUUAAUGAGGUCGAGUAAAUGUACGACAGCAGUAGUGGUCGAACUAUUGCUCCUUCUUAAUGUGGUCUAACGAGAGACAAGGAUAUAAAAAGGGGAUCUCAAAGCGACCGAAAGUGUCAAGCAUAAUCACUCAUUGAU